AUGGAAGAAUAUAAACUAAAAAGAUAUACUGAUUUCGAUAGAUAUAAUUAUUAAGAAGAAUAAAAUGAAAAGAAGGGCAAUCAGCUUUAGAAUUAUUUCUAGAAGAUGCAAAAAUUCAGAGAUGUAGAAGAUAAAAAUUAAUAAAUCAAUGAUAAAUACCAGAAAGAGAGGAAUGGAAGAGAGAUUAAUAAACUGAUAACAAAAACAAAUACAGAAAUGGGUUCAACUAAGUAUUCUAAGGCUAGAAUUUUAUCAAAUUUUGAAGAUAAUUAAGAAAUGUUGCCAUAAAAAAAAGAAUUAGCAUAGUCUAAAUCAGCUUUGAUAUUAACAAAAAAGUAAAAUAAUGUAGAUCAAUAAAUAUAUGAUCAACUAACCAGGUUUAAUGUUUCGCCUCAUAAAAGUCACUAAAACUUAUCUCUACCUCGUAUUUAAAAUGGGAAUUAAGUUCCUACUCAUAAAACAUCUAAGUCUAAUUUUACAACACCAAAAAGCUAUCACGAUAUUUAAGGAAACUUUUAAAAUGCUUAUUAGAAAUAAUCUUAGCUUCAAGCAGAUUACUAAAAAUAAAGAGAUAGAAGAAUACAAAUGAGCGAGGGAUAAUUAAAUAAAAUAUAUUAGAACUAAAGGGAUCCUAGGUAUUUGCCUUAUGAUUAAGUCUAUGGCUAUUAUCCCCCUUUUUUUAACUAAAAUUUGUAUCAUAAGUAAAAAGAAGAUGAAGAAUUUAAAAAAAAGUUGAUAAAUCAAAAUGAAAAAUUAAUGUAAAUGUUCGAGUAAAUGCAGCGCAAUCAUAAAGAGGAAAUUAGUAUCCUUAAGCUUAGAGAAAAACAUACUCUCAAAAUGAUUAAAUAAUAAUAAGAAUAGAUUGAUCUCUAAAAUAGAAAAAUUGAAGAAAGAGAUCUCCCUCCUCCUAAUUUUUUCUUAGCCCCACUACAUUUCUGA